AUGGGCGGUUUGCUCACUGCUCACAGCAUGAACUCGAAGGUGAAGCGAAGCCGAACCGAAGGGUACUUGUUUCAAAAUCUCGAGAUGGAAGAAUUUACAGAAAGUUUGUUUUUUGUUCUCAUAAUGAUUGUUAUUUGUAUUAAAAUGGGAGUUAUCCUUAUCAAGCACAGCACAUUAUUGGAAAUAAUAAACAUGCUCAACAAUAAUGAUAACAAACCUCAAGAUUGCGACGAGCAUCGUAUUCAAGAAAACUACGACAAAAUUGGAAGGUUUGGAACGAUUACUUUCAUAGUAGCUGUCAUCAUUACUGUGCUAAUAAAGGCAACAGGUCCACUGACAAAAAAUGAUGGUAUGCGGUCAUUCAAAAUUUGGGUUCCUUACAGCCUUGAAAAUAGUACAUCCUAUUGGCUGACAUAUUUAUUUCAUCUUGUGGCAUCUAUGAUAGCAGCAGAAACAAGCGUAGCCGCAGAUACUUUUGUUAUUGUAAUGAUGCUUCAACUGAGUGCUCAAUUGGAAAUUUUAGCGCAUAGAAUACAAAAUUAUCCUCGAUUGCGUAUGAAUGAACAAAAAACUUUUGGAAAGUGGAUUCAACAUCAUAAUUUCUUGUAUACAUUUGCAAAGAAAUUAAACGACGUUUACAGCACUAUAUUUUUCGUCUUAUUGCUUGUUACAACGCUGGAUGUCUGUACAUGCACUUAUUUUCUCGCAACUUUGAGAAUAACUUCCAUGAAAUUUUGGUCGAUGACUUUUUCAUUACUAUGUGUUAUGUUUGAAAUUUGUCUCUAUUGUUUUCAAGGAAGUUUUUUAAUGGAAAAGGAGAAUCAGAACCCAAAAUAUUCAGUUAAUGUAAUUGUUCUUCUGGUCGGUGAUCUUGGAGGUGCAAAAUUAUUACUGGUUCGUAACCCAUGGCGCUUGAGAGAUGGAUGCAGAAAGAUGUCAUCCUGGAGUCGCUUGCUAUCCUCAAGACACACGAAGGUUUCGCCAGCCUGUUGUGUGAUUUCAUCAUGCCCUAUAACCACUCAUCUUCCGGUUGUGAGACGAGGCCAGCAUGGCAAUAGGAUAUGCAGCAUACAGCAUGGAUUGGGUUUUAUUGUCGAAAAGAUCAAGGAGAGACAUCAUCCUAAUAAUUAG